AUGCCCCAAGACAUGGAGGAUAACGGGGCAGACGUCUCAGAUCCUGUAUCCGAGAACGAAGAAGACUCGGAGACUCUGCUGAAAGACGAAGACGAGAGAAUGGCCGACCCAAUGGCGGCCAAUGGUUCUUACGACGAUAAGAAGAAGUAUGAUCCUAAAGAUCCUUUGAGGCCACGGCGGAAGAAAGCAAGGAGAGCAUGCUUUGCUUGCCAGAGGGCACACCUGACUUGUGGAGACGAAAGGCCGUGUAAGCGGUGCAUCAAGCGUGGUCUUGCCGAUGCUUGCCAGGAUGGUGUGCGCAAAAAGGCCAAAUACCUGCACGAUGCCCCCCCAGAGGCUCUUCGACCCGUCCUCGGCCCAAAUUUCAGUCCUCCCCCUUCUGCAAAGGCCAACGGACAGCGCCAUGAUUCUAUUCACUCCGACAACAACGUUCUUGGGACGGCCCCUGGCGACGGCUUCCUAUCGCAGGGCAACGCCGCGUUCCCUGUCUAUCCAAGCGUCAGUCAGCCGCCGGUGGCCAUACCUGAAGCCAUCCACCUCAAUCCUCAGGCAUCGCCCAUCUCGCCAUCCUUCCACAGUGCCUCUGCAGCAGGCCAGGCCCAUAUGGGUAGCAUGCUCCAAGGAAACACCAUGGACUUUAACGCGCUGUUCGACCCCAGUAACCCUGCGCUCUACAACUUUGAUCUCGAAGGCCUAAAUUUCGGCAGUCAAUAUGCUGGAUGGGAGUUUGGCAUUCUGAACAAGAUGGGCCUUGGUGCCGAGACACCCCCAAGAGAAAAUUCAAUAUCACAAACUCCAAAGACUGAGGCGGGUUAUGCAGCCAUGUUUGGCAACGGCAGCGGCUCGUAUGACGCCGCCAUGAUGGGUGAAUAUGCCGGCAUGGAUCUUGGCGGCUCGAAUAUAUACACCCAGGGCAACCUUCAGCAUGGCCUCCCUCACGCAUUUGCCAUUGCUGCCGGGCCCAAUAGCUUGGCCAGCCCCAGCACCGACGCAACUGCCAGCCCGCAGGCCAUAAUGGAUGGUUCUCCAAACCCGGCGGCAACGGGAUUCCCUGGCUUGCCAAACAUGGCUGGGGCCCCGCGUCUCAAGCCGAAGCAGGACAAGAUGGUGCAGUCGAUUCUCGGCAAGAGGCAGCGGGACUCUGCAUCCAUCUACGCAAGUGUCAAGGAACCCUAUCCUUAUGUCGCCGGAUUCCACAACAUGAUAUCUGUCCUACGUAACCGACUGCCUCUGAGCAAGCUGUGGAAGAUUGCCCAGUCGCUGGGAGAAAUCCGACCCUCGUUCAUUUCCUGUACCAAGGAUUUGACGCGCGAAGAUCUCAUUUUUAUGGAGAAGUGCUUUCAGCGGACACUUGUUGAGUUUGACGACUUUUUGCAGCAUUGCUGCGCGCCGACCAUUGUAUGUCGACGCUCCGGAGAGGUGGCAGCCGUGAACAAGGAGUUUGCGGCGUUGACAGGAUGGCCCAAGGAGGUGCUCCUGGGCAAGGCGCCUAACCGCAACAUAUAUACCCGAUCCUCAGACGAGAGCACAGAUGAUGGCGACAGCCUAGCAUCGUCUGGCCAAGUGACGCCCGCUGCCAAGAACCAGCCGAUGCAUGCCAAUAACAACACCAAUAACGUCAACGCACGGCCGCAGCCUGUCUUCUUGGGCGAGCUACUGGAUGACGACAGUCUUGUCGAAUUCUAUCGCGACUUUGCCCAGCUGGCGUUUGAAGACAGCCGAGGCAAGGUGCAGCGUAGCGGCCGGCUGAUGAAGUAUCGCACGCAGGAGAUGCUGGAUGCAAAGGAGAUGCUGGGGCCUCAGAGACAUCCUAGGACAGGCAUCCUGAGCAAUCGUGUCACUAUGAUUGACAGUGAGCACGGCAUUUCCCGCAUCGAAAAGGAUGGCAAAGUGGAUUGUACAUACUGCUGGACGAUUAAGCGGGACGUGUUUGACAUUCCCAUGAUGAUCAUUAUCAAUUUCUUGCCCCGAUAUCACCCCAACCAGGAGCCACAUCAGCUCGCUGUAUGAUGCCACGGGUCGCCCUGAUGGGCACACACUCUAUACGUUAACCUUUUAUGCAUAUAAGGUGUUGGCUUUGCUGUUACAUUCUUGCUUUUCUUUUCAACGUUUUGCCGUGGACUGGGUGAGGUAAUGCAUGAUACGUCUUUACCCCUAAAACAAAAAAUCGGUGGGCUAUGGGCUAGAUUUAGGACUACUUUCUUGUUUCUAUUGUCGUUCAUGGAAAGCACGAGACAAUUCGUGACGGGUAUGAUUUCUGGUUUGGAUAUUUGCUUUUUUUUGCUAUGACACGAAACUUCUAAUGACGAGAGGGGAUUACUUGGAUGAUACCCGCGUGCGCAAACACACACACAUACACACAAAACACACAACGCAUACCUACACACAUUCUCACAACACGUACAUCUAGUAUAUAGGUGUGACUGGCCAAGCGGAGGAUUGUCUAUUUUGGCCGGUAUGAUGCUAUUGGUUAUGUUUUUUUUUCUAUUAUCCAAGAAUAUUUUCGGUGCUUCUCUCUCUCUCUUUCUCCAGAUUUGACCUGUCUAUAGUGAUGCCAUCCAAAACUUGUAUCCUCUCCCUCCCAUCUUGUGUAAUAAAGUAGCCAUCUUUGUCCUUG